CUCACACACUCGGGGAGCGGGAGCGCGGCGCGGACGCGAAGCCGCCGGGGCUGCUGUGCCCAAAGCCAGCCAGAGCCGAGCCUGAACCGCAGCGCCAGCCAGAGCCGUGCCGUGCCGAGCCGCAGCCCGGGCCGGGGCCAGUGGCGGCUCAUGGACUGCAGGGCCCGCGGCCUGCGCUGCCCAGAGGCGGCCCUCCUGAUUCUGGAACCUGCCCGGAUGGGGUCCCUGAGGCGCAGCCCAGGCCCUGGGGGGCAACGGUUGCUGCUGCCCGCCUUGCUGCUGGCACUUCUGCUGCUGCUGGCUCCAUCCCCAGGCCAUGCCACUCGGGUGGUGUACAAGGUGCCAGAGGAACAACCUCCCAACACCCUGAUCGGGAGCCUCGCAGCCGAUUAUGGUUUUCCAGACGUGGGCCACCUAUACAAACUAGAAGUAGGCGCCCCGUACCUGCGGGUGGAUGGCAAGACGGGCGACAUCUUUACCACGGAGACCUCUAUCGACCGCGAGGGGCUCCGUGAAUGCCAGAACCAGCUCCCUGGUGAGCCCUGCAUCCUGGAGUUUGAGGUGUCUAUCACGGACCUCGUGCAGAAUGGCAGCCCCCGGCUGCUAGAGGGCCAGAUAGAGGUCCAGGACAUCAAUGACAACACGCCCAACUUCGCCUCACCAGUCAUCACGCUGCCCAUCCCCGAGAACACCAACAUUGGCUCACUCUUCCCCAUCCCGGUGGCUUCGGACCGCGAUGCUGGCCCCAACGGUGUGGCAUCCUAUGAGCUGCAGGUGGGGCCCGAGGCCCAGGAGCUAUUUGGGCUGCAGGUGGCAGAGGACCAGGACGGAAAGCAGCCGCAGCUCAUCGUGAUGGGCAACCUGGACCGGGAGCGCUUGGACUCUUAUGACCUCACUAUCAAGGUGCAGGAUGGUGGCAACCCCCCACGCGCCAGCAGCGCCCUGCUGCGAGUCACUGUGCUCGACACCAAUGACAAUGCCCCCAAGUUCGAGCGGCCGUCCUACGAGGCUGAGCUGUCUGAGAACAGCCCCAUAGGACACUCCGUCAUCCAGGUGAAGGCCAAUGACUCCGACCAAGGUGCCAACGCAGAGAUCGACUACACGUUCCACCAGGCGCCCGAAGUUGUGAGACGUCUUCUGAGACUGGACAGGAACACGGGACUUAUCACUGUUCCUUUUAACAGGGAGUGCGUUGAAUAUGUCAAGAGCUUCAAUAUCCCUCUGCUGGUGCUAGGUGGUGGUGGCUAUACUGUCCGGAAUGUUGCCCGCUGCUGGACGUAUGAGACAUCGCUGCUAGUAGAAGAGGCCAUUAGUGAGGAGCUUCCCUACAGUGAAUACUUCGAGUACUUUGCCCCGGACUUCACGCUCCAUCCAGAUGUCAGCACCCGCAUCGAGAAUCAGAACUCACGCCAGUAUCUGGACCAGAUCCGCCAGACAAUCUUUGAAAACCUGAAGAUGCUGAACCAUGCACCUAGCGUCCAGAUUCACGAUGUGCCGGCAGACCUCCUAACCUAUGACAGGACUGAUGAGGCUGACGCAGAGGAGAGGGGUCCCGAGGAGAACUACAGCAGGCCAGAGGCACCCAAUGAAUUCUAUGAUGGAGACCAUGACAAUGACAAGGAAAGCGACGUGGAGAUUUAAGAGUGGCUGGGCUUGCUAUGUCCCCAGAUAUUCCUUUUUACCUCUUGGUUGGGUGGGAGGGAAAAGGUGUGGCUCUUCCACCCCUGGUCAGGUUACUCUCAGGGCUUUUACCAACGCUGGGGAAGGGUUUGGAGACCACAUCUUGUUCUGGAACCAACUAUCCCCUCUCUUCUCCCUCCCAAGGUCUGAGAAUGGUACCUAUUAGGGAUUGGAUGGGGACAAGGAUAGCCAUCUCUAGGACAUCUUGGGCGGUGAGCCCUAGAGGCCAGUCCCAGCCCUUCUGGCUCACUUAUUCCUUCCCUACUUCCCCCUAACCCAGAGACUUUACGGGUGAGGGGGUAGUCAGGAGUAAGGUUGCCUUUGACUUCCUCCUGGGUUCUCCUAAUGCAGGCCUUGUUUCCAGUGCAGGUGAAUAGUAAGGGAUUUUAGGGGGCUCUGG